AUGUUUACCAGAUCUAUCUUACAAAGAGUCACCAAGACCCCAGCUCAACAAUUGACUGCAUCAAUAAUUCCCAAGAGAUCUUUACAAGUUUCUGCUAAAUUGAUGAGUGAUAUGAAUCAAAUUUAUGGUCAUCCACAAGAAGGUGUUUACUCAAACUUACCAUUCAAAGUCAAGAAUAGAAAAUUCAUUCCAUUCUCAGUAUGGUAUUGGGGUGUUAUGGGAUUCUUUUUCGCUUUUCCAUUCUUGACUUCAACUUGGCAAAUUUACAAAUCCGGUGGUUUCAAUGCUAAAGAGGAAUAA